AUGCCAAAUACACCAGUUUCGGGAAUAAUUCAGUUUAAUUCAUACGAGCCAUGCUAUAUUAUAUGCAUAAAUUCGGUAGCUCUCUCGUUCUGGAAACGAUAUGUUAAUGAAGAGGAUGCGGAGAUUACAUGGGACGCCACAGGAGGAAUAAUUCAGUGCAAAGCAACACGAAAGAAGGUACUUUAUUAUGAAAUGACUGCUGCGAAUCCGGUCAAACGUGCCACAUCCAUUCCACUCACUUUUUUAUUAUCGGAAAAUCAUGAUCUAACGACAGUCAAACAUUGGAUGGAACUUUUUAAAGCAUUAUACAAAAAACAGUUUGCACAAAGCAAUGAAACACCGUUUCCAGUUCCGAGAUAUAUCAUCAAUGAUCGUGCACAAGUGUUUGUGCAGGCUGCUUUGCGAGUGUUUAACAAUGAAACGUUUACGGAUUUUAAUCAGCGAGCAUAUAGAAUCAUCACAGGUUUGUGA